AUGGAAGUAUGCGAUUACUGGCUGCAGGACAAAGAGCUGAUUCGUAAACUUUUCGAGGUAUAUGUCCCUCGCUACAGGAGCUACCGUACUGCCUUCACUGAUCUCUAUCAGCUGCCACCGAUUUAUGGCGAAUUUCGACCGGGUCGUUGGCGAACUGCAAGAAACGCGGUUUUGGAAUUAAAAGCGGCCUCUGCCGUCACACAUGACCAGUUGCUGCGUUUGCCGACGUUAGUCCAGCCUCUGAGGAAUUGGCGCUGCGGUUUCAGUCAUGUUGUCGUCUUAGAGAAGUUACUCAGCACGCCUCCCGACACGCACCAAAAGAGAGAUCACCAUCCAAAACGCGGGGACAACUACUCCAGGUUUAACCCUAUCCAUCAUCUUGACGUAUAA